UGGACGAGUAGGACACGGCCCCGCGUGUACCGAGUUGACUGUCAAAGUCUCAAAGAGCCCAAUUCCCGGAAGCUGUGAGUUCUGAGGAAAGUUUUAGUCCCUGAGAGUGCGAAUCCCCAACGAUGAGCGCCCCGGGCGUACAGUCCUUUACCCAGCAGGGUUGGGAGCAGGUGCUGGCCAAAGCGAAACGGGCCGUGGUCUACCUGGACGCCGCCUGCGCCGAGAGCCUGCACUGGGGUUGCGGACCCACCCAGCUCCUUGAGGCGGUGGGCGGUCCUGCGUGCCACCUGCGGGAGUUCGAGCCCGAAGCAGUGGGCGGCGGAGCUAAACAGCCCAAGGCGGUGUUUGUGCUGAGCGGCCUCCUGAAAGGCCGAACUGUGGAGACUCUACGGAACAUCAUCUGCCGCAGUCACUUCCAGUAUUGUGUGGUGGUCACUGCCGUGGACCACGCUGUGCACCUCACGGCUAAUCACGUGCCCGCGGCCGCAGCGGCUGAGCUGGAGGGGCAGCAGCCAGUAUUUGAGCAACUGGAGGAGAAGCUGUGCGAGUGGAUGGGCAACAUGAACUACACCGCCCAGGUGCUGCACAUCCCGUUGUUGCUAGCCCCUGCUGCUCCCUGCCUUGCCUUGACUCCGGCCUUUGCUUCCCUUUUCCCACUGCUACCCCAGGAUGUGCAUCUUCUUAAUAGUGUCCGACCGGACAAGAGGAGGCUGGGGAGCCUGGGUGAGGUGGAUGCCACCGCCCUGCCCCCUGAGCUGCUAUUGCAGAUCAGGUGCCUGGUGUCGGGCCUCAGUUCUCUGUGCGAGCAUUUAGGAGUGCGGGAGGAAUGUUUUGCUGUAGGCUCCUUCAGUCGGAUCAUAGCUGCAGAUCUGGCCAAUUAUGCUCCUGCCAAGAACAGGAGGAAGACUUCAACGGGCAGGGCCUCCCUGGUCUUUGUGGACAGAACCCUGGAUCUCACAGGAGCCGUUGGACAUCAUGGAGACAACUUGGUAGAGAAGAUCAUUUCAGUGCUUCCCCAGCUCCCCGGCCACACCAAUGAUGUGAUGGUUAACAUGGUAGAACUCACUGCACUGCAGAAUGAAGAGGAGAAUCAGAAGAUGGUUGCACCAGGCUGUCUUGCACAACCCAAUGAUACUGCAGCCAAAGCCCUGUGGGAAGCCUUACUGAACACCAAGCACAAAGAGGCAGUGAUGGAAGUCCGGAGACAUCUAGUGGAAGCAGCAAGCAGAGAAAACCUGCCAAUCAAGAUGAGUAUGGGGAGAGUCACUCCGGCGCAGCUCACGUCCUAUAUUCAUCUCUUCAAGAACAACCUCAAAGCUCUAGUGAGUCACUGUGGACUCCUGCAGCUUGGGCUGGCCACGGUUCAAACUCUGAAGCACCCGCAGACUGCCAAGUGGGACAACUUUCUGGCUUUUGAAAGGCUCCUUCUCCAGAGCAUCGGGGAGUCGACAAUGCCUGUUGUGUUAAAUCAGCUGCUGCCCAUGAUUAAGCCUUUGAAUCAAAGGACCAACGAUGACUACAGCCCAGAAGAGCUGUUGGUCCUCUUCAUAUACAUUUAUUCUGUCACUGGAGAGUUCACAGAGGACAAAGACCUGGCUGAAACAGAAGAAAAAGUGAAGAAAACACUGGCUCAAGUCUUAUGUGAGGAGUCUGAGUUAUCGCCUUUGCUGCAAAAAAUCACAGGCUGCGACUCUUCGGUUAACCUGACAUUCCACCAAGCCAAAACUGCCGUGGACGCCCUCUUCACGUCGCUCCGGGACAUUGCCGGGGCUCGGAGUCUCAUGAAGCAGUUCAAGUCUGUAUAUGUUCCUGGAAACCAUACCCACCAGGCAUCCUACAAGCCAUUGCUGAAGCAGGUUGUGGAGGAAAUAUUUGAUCCCGAAAGGCCAGAUCCUGUUGAUAUUGAGCACAUGUCGUCAGGCCUCACCGACCUCCUGAAGACUGGAUUUAGCAUGUUCAUGAAGGUGAGCCGGCCUCAUCCCAGCGACCACCCUCUCCUGAUCCUCUUCGUGGUGGGUGGCGUCACAGUCUCUGAAGCCAAAAUGAUCAAAGACCUUGUGCCGACCCUGAAGCCAGGAACCCAGGUGAUUGUGCUGUCCACGCGCCUCCUGAAGCCACUCACCAUGCCUGAGCUGCUAUUUGCCACUGACCGGCUGCACCCAGACCUUGGCCUCUGAGCAUCUCCUGAGAGAAUGCGACCUCCCGAGAUGGAAAUACCCGUCCAUCAGCUGCCGUCAUUCCAGAUAAGCCCCCAAAGCCGGUGUCCCUGGUACCAGGGGUCUGUAUGGCUGAAUUCUGCCCAGAGGUCUUGAGAACCACCCAGUGAAGUCGUUUGCUUGGAUUCCUGUGAUUCCCUUUAAAAAAAAUUAUUUUCAUUCUUCUAAAGGCGUCAGACUGUCUUUCGGCUGGCCUGAUUCGUAAUAAUUCCCACGUAUUCUUAAUCCGCUACGUGUGAUCUUCCUGAUUCCACCUGCACGCUCAGUCAUUUUAAAUAAGUGCUCGUUGUGAGUGUUGGUAGAUGGAUGACAGGCCCUUUGAUCUGCAGUUGCUCAGAAAGAAGUGAGACAAGCUUUAGAUUAUAAAUGUGAGGAAAGUUUGUGUGCAUGUGUUUUUUCUCUCUUAGGAUUAUGUUACUGAGGAGGGAACAUUGCAAAGAGCAUCUGAGGCUUUGUUUCUGUCUUGAUCUGAGAGAUUUUUGCAAAGGGGAGGCAGGGCGGGGAUGGGCCAGGGUUGCUCUGGUUGUCAAUGGGCCGCCACGACAAAGGGCUGCCUUGUCCAGGCCUGCACACUCGCGGGCAGGGCCACCGCCUCCUGGAACCUGGUGGGAGAGAGGUUGAUUGGAUGGCUGACUGUGCCUGGAAAAGGUUCCCUCCCUAAAGAAGGCCCCAAUAAAGACAUCUGGUCCCAGGGAGUGCACAUUUGAGCCCCAACCCCAGAGACUUUUGUGAUUUAGUUUCCAUUGAUAUAUAAAGCUGUCUUUUCUAUAAGUCUAAAUUUUCCUUCUGGCCAUAGCAGAAAAGCCUAGACCCACCUAGUGAAAUUAUGUAAGAAUUCUGGCAGAAAUGAACCCACACAUUUGUAGGUGUGUAGUUGGUGGAUAUUUCUAGCAUCUCUAAAACGUGUUUAUAAUGCAGAGAUGAACCUGAAACAUGGUGUCUAGUGUGGAGGAAAUAAAAUGUAAAUCAAAACACAUCUCAGUUUUAGUUCUCGACAAAACGCUGUCAUUUUAUGAAAAACCUGUGAAGUGGGAAAUCAUUCUGAGAUGAAAUCCAACCAGGUUUUAUAGGCACUAGACAUUCUUUUUCGUGGAGGUUUUUUUUCUGUCCAAGUAUAUUGUCCACCUCAACCAGUUCUUUAAUGAUGCUCAAUAUUGGAGACCUCAGAUGCUUCUAGAUGUGUGAACCUGAAUAAGAAAAUGGCAGAAGUCACUAUUUUCUCAAAUAAAAUUUAAAAAAUUAAGAAGGAG